CCACCCGCAGCCGCUAGCAAUGAAAGCACCGCCUAUGAUGGGUCCCAGAGUUGGUGCGGCAGCAAUGGUGAUGCCAUAGCAUACCAUAGGCGUUCCCCGUUGACGAGGGGUCCAUAUAUCAACGAUAGAUCCUCCAGUGAUAGAGAUGGGAGAGCUGCCAAAGACUCCAGCGAAAAACCUCGUGAUCAGGAUGGUCUGGAUAUCUUUGGCGGUUGCGGUGCCGAAAGCGAAAGCAGCACUAACAAAUGGCGCCCAAAGCAUGGGCCCGAGGGCGAAGCCGAAAAUGAGGAGGCUGGUCCCGGCGUUGGCAACCUCAGCUUUUCUGGUCUCGGCCACUCGCGCAUCUGGCGCAUCUCGCAUAAGCUAUGCGAAAGCCAGAAAUCAUACCACGCCGUUUCUGGCGGGGUACCGCGUUGGUUCGCACAACUGUCCGUCUCGUUCUUUGAUCAAAUCCGCAUCUUGAUCUCUUACUGCCUAGUCAACAUCGCGUCUCUGCAUACUUACAAUCUAUCCGACGAGGCAAUCAGAAGAUCCACAAGAAGCUCGUCCAUGUCAGGAUUGUUACAGUCGCACGUUCAAGUGCCUACCUGCAUCCAUUGUCGCCAACGUAGAGUCAAAUGUGACCGUCAACAUCCACAGUGCUCAAAUUGUUUGCGAUCUGAGGUCAGCUGCGUCUACCCGCCUGGUAGAGGCAGAGCACCUAAGCGACCAAGACGCAAUUUGACGCCUCAACUAGCAGAGCGCUUGACUCGUCUUGAGAAGCUAGUCGGAGAAGUUGACAUUUCUACAAUUCGGACGAGCCAAAAGACUUCUCAGUCAGAUCAAGAUGCGGAGCAAUCACUUGAUCAAGAUUUCAGCCGUCUUAAAGUUGAUGAAUCAAGGAGUUACUAUGUGAACAAUGCAUUAUGGGUCACCUUGUCUAAUGAGCUCCGCGAUCUUCUCUUCGAGCCUGCUAUUGAAGAUGCUGGCUAUGACGACCCUGCGGUCGCUUCAUCUACCACUACAACUGCCAUCUCACCGUCAUGUUCCCAGCUGGGCCUCAAUACCGCUAUCUUCGGCCAUCAUACUCUUGCUUUGCCUCUUCACCAUUACUAUCCUUCGUUGUCCCAAGCCCCCACGCUUUUUGCUGCAUUUAGUGAGAACGUUGCGCCGCUAGUACGCAUUUUUCAUAUGCCUACGUUGACGAAGACCUACUGGGACACAGUCACAUCGAUUGACUCUGUUGACAAGCAUACAGAAGCUCUCCUAUUCGCUAUCCAUUAUUCAGCCGUCAUUAGUCUCAGCUCGGAGCAAUGUUCCAAGAUCAUGGACGACACACGUGAAGCCAUCUCAGCAAAGUACCGAUUUGCGGUCGAACAGGCUUUCGCUCAAGGCAAUCUGCUCGGUACUCAGAGCAUGACUUUGUUACAAGCUGCGGUACUGUUCUUGUCUGCCUUGCCAAACGAAGAAGACUCACGAGCUGCGUGGGCACUCACAUCUCUUGUCUUCCACAUCGCAAGGACUAUGGGUCUUCAUCGCGACGGCACCGUAUUUGGGCUCAAACCUUUUGAGACAGAACUCCGCAGACGUCUGUGGUGGCAAAUUUGCAUUAUCGAUAGUCGCUCAUCAGAAUAUCAUUGCAAUGAGCCUAUCGCCCUGGGACUUGUCACAGACACCAAGCCUCCGCUGCACAUCAAUGACGAUGAUCUGUCAUCUGAAUUGCUGCAGCCUCCAGCCGAGAGAUGGGACUCUGCCACUGACAUGACGCUCAGUCUAGUUCGAUGUGAGACCAUACAGACAGGUUGGAAGCUGAGUCGUAUAAAGCACAAGCAGAACAAAGAACUCGAGGAUCUCGGCACUUUGGGAUCACACGAGAGCCCAGAUUUCUCCGACGAACGAUUGUCUCUGAUUCAAGGUCUUGAAUCGAGAUUACGCGACAAAUAUCUGCCUAUCUGUGAUAGCUCUGUACCGAUCCAACUUCUCGCAUCAAGCGUGGCACGUAUCAUACUUGGUCGCUUCAAGCUGAUAGCUCAGUAUUCGGGAGCUUCGCGGGAGAAGGAAAGCUAUGGUAAGACUCUAACGGCACAGCUNCGUCCGAAAGACAACAUGCGUGACGAGCUGUUCGAAACAUCCAUUGGCAUACUAGAAGCGUCCGGCAUACUUUUGACAUCCAAAGAGCUCAUGCACUUCACUUGGUACUCGAAAACCCAUAUUCAGUGGAAUGCCAUGACACUUGUUCUUUCUGAGCUAUGUUCUCGAGGUCAGUCUUCUCAAUGUGAUCGCGCCUGGGACUGUGUGCAAACCGUGUACGAGGCUUGGAGAUUCCACGGUAACGAGUUAGAGGAAACUCGCCUCGCUCUGUGGCGACCUAUCAGACGGCUUAUGGCCAAAGUGCGCUACGUUAGAGAAAUACAGCAAACGGAUCCUGGACAGCCAUCGAAAUCCAUUCGAAGUACUCGAGCUGGCAAUUCCAUACCUUGUUUCUUAUCACCGGGAGAAAUGUCUCAGCCUGCGAUGGCAACCUUUUCCAGCGAUUGGUCAGAGCCCUUACAGCAAGCAGAAGAUUCUGUGCUAAUGCCCCAGACCUGUUUGACCGGACCAUAUUCGGUCCAAAAUAGUUACCGCAACCAGCCAGAUGCUCUACAGGGAGUACUUAGUACAGACACAAGAGACCCAUUCAUGGAUUGGAUUCCGCAGUGGCCCUUUGCGGAUAUUGAUCCAGACAUUGAGUCAUCGCUCACAGACUAUGAUUUCGUAUUA